AUGGAAACCAUGAAAAUCACACCCGAUGUGCUGCAUCAACUGCUUAUUUUCUACAAUCUCUCUCGACAGGAGUUUAUCGAAACAUACAACAUUCAGCCUCUGGUUUACAUCCCAGAGUUGCCGUCCACCGCCAAAACAACAUUUGUGGUCAUCUAUACCGUGAUUUUUCUCUUAGCUUUAGUUGGGAACAUUUUGGUUGUUUACAUAGUCGUUAGGAGACGCGGGAUACAGACUGCUACGAAUAUUUUUAUAUGCUCUCUUGCCAUCAGCGACCUCCUAAUAUGUUUCUUCUGCAUCCCGUUCACGCUCCUCCAGAACAUCUCAUCCGAGUGGUUCGGGGGUGUCCUGGUGUGCAAGACCAUCCCCUUUGUACAGACCACAGCUAUAGUGACUGGGAUCCUCACCAUGACCUGUAUUGCAGUGGAGAGAUAUCAAGGGACUGUGCACCCUCUGAAAAUAAGAAGACAGUGUACACCACAUGGAGCUUAUAAAAUGUUAGGAGUUGUUUGGAUCGCUGCCAUGAUCGUUGGAUCUCCCAUGUUGUCUGUUCAACAGUUAGAGGUGAAAUACGACUUUCUGUACGAGCUCAGCCAUGUGUGCUGUCAGGAGCGCUGGAGGUCGGUCGCCCUCAGGAAGCUGUAUGCCACCUUCAUCUUGGUGGCCCUCUUUCUCCUCCCCCUGGCAGUCAUGCUAGUGCUCUACACCAGGAUAGGCAUAGAGCUCUGGAUUCGCAAAAGAGUUGGAGACUCCUCUGUCCUAAACACCAUGAACCGCAGAGAAGUGGAUAAAAUAUCCAGAAAGAAACGGCGUGCCAUCAAGAUGAUGAUCAUCAUUGUUGUGCUCUUCACAGUAUGCUGGGCUCCUUUCCAUACAGUACACAUGCUCUUUGAGUAUGAUUACCUGGAUGGGGCGUACGAUGACGUCACAGUCAAUAUGAUCAUCGCCGUGACGCAGGCCAUCGGCUUUUCCAACUCGAUCAAUAACCCGAUCGUUUACGCUUUCAUGAACGAGAAUUUUCAGAAGAACUGCAUAUCAACCUUUGCACGCUGCCUGAGGAAGCCUUCCAAACGUGUUGGUGUCCUAGAAAAAUCAAUGCUGCACAUACAUUUCUCUAAGUCUGUCAAACAAGACACCAUGGAGGACACCAGUGAAGUGCGGACGUGA